UUUCUUGGUUUCCUUGCAACAGCAGGACUUUGUCCUGUCUGCUUACAUUUCUCGAAGAUGAGUUUAUGACAGGUAGAUUCAAAAGUUAAACAGCAAAAGCUUUGAAGAGGGAAAACAAGUUUCACUUAUUAGUCCCUCCAUCUCAAAAAUCUCUCUCCUUCUCUCUUUAUCUUAGUGGAGACAUGAAUCUUCUCUGUCUAUUACUACCCAUGUGGGAAUGUACCUUCUCUUUGUUGGCACUCGUAAUUCUUACCAGACCAGAGUCAACUGUUUCCUCCAUUUGUGCUUCUGUUCUUCAUUCUAAACAAAAACCUAUUUCUCAAUUUUCUUCAGAAAUGGAAGCUGUUUCUCCAGGAGUGGCUGUGGUUAGAGUAAUGCACCACCAGGAUCUGAACUGGAGAAUUCUUGUAGCUUUAAUUGUUGCCUCCACUCUCCUUGGUGGAAUAUUGCUCUUUUUGUUAUGUUUCUGGAUCUGUAGACAGAAAAACUUGAAGAAUUCCAAUGCAAAAAGCAAACAAAACUUUGAACCUACAAAAGCACUUUCAUUGAGUCCAAUUGCGGAUCGGUUUAAUUUCUUAUGGAUGGCUGCCAAAAAGGGUUCUGUAGCUGUUAUUGAAUAUCAGUUAUUGGAAGCCGCAACAAACAAUUUCCGGGAAAGUAAUGUUUUGGUUCAAGGUGGUCGUGGACGCAUCUACAGAGCUUGUUUUGAUGAGAAAUAUCUUGCUGCUGUGAAAAAACUUGAUGGUGGAGGACAAGAUGCUGAAAGAGAAUUUGAGAAUGAGGUCAACUGGCUGGUCAAAAUCCAGCAUCAGAAUAUUGUUUCACUAUUGGGUUGCUGUAUCAAUGGUGAAACCAGGUUACUUGUAUAUGAAAUGAUGCAAAAUGGUUCUUUGGAAAGUCAAUUGCAUGGACCUACUCAAGGAUCAACUUUAACCUGGCAUCUACGAAUGAAAAUUGCAAUCGAUGUUGCAAGAGCAUUAGAUUAUCUUCAUGAGCAAUGCAAUCCGCCUGUUGUCCAUAGAGACAUAAAGUCAUCUAACAUUCUUUUGGAUUCCAACUACGAUGCUAAGCUGUCCGACUUUGGGCUUGCUCUGACCACUGGAUCCCAGAACAAAAAUGUAAAGUUGUCAGGAACAUUGGGCUAUGUAGCUCCAGAGUACCUCUUAGAGGGUAAAUUGACCGAUAAAAGUGACGUAUAUGCUUUUGGAGUCGUCCUUCUGGAGUUGCUAAUUAGAAAGAAACCACUGGAGAAAAUGUCAUCAGCUCAGUGCCAAUCUCUUGUCACAUGGGUAAUUUCUUUCAAACCAACUCAAGGAGGUCCAGUCAUGGUUUAAUUGUAGCUUGAACUUAGUUUAUUUACAAUUUUCACAGGCCAUGCCUCAGCUUACUGACAGAUCAAAACUUCCAAACAUAGUGGAUCCAGUAAUAAGGGAUACAAUGGAUUUAAAGCACCUAUAUCAGGUAAAUGAAAAAAAAUAUUUUAUCUGUGUUGUCAUGCGCCCUUGUUCUGGUUAUAAAUUUGUAUUGUAUCUCAUGCUGAAUAGGUUGCUGCUGUUGCUGUGCUGUGCAUACAACCUGAACCAAG